AUGUGGGCGGUGAACCUGGACGAGCUGAUGAACCAUUCACUCAUGCAGAUUGCGCUGUACCGGGGAUUAGUGGUGCACCCUCCCGCAAGGCAUACGGAACCUCGACACACCUCGAGACGACCACAGGUACCCUCUCCAGCACGGACUAGGACGGUUAGGACCAUGGCGGACCUCAACCAAGGACCAAUGGUAGCGGACUUCAUCAACUUAGACACCGACGAAGAGGAGUUCCUCCAACUACGGGUUGGACCACAGGUGCUUCCAGAGGUGGAGAUGAUGUCGAAUUUACCCGGCAGCGACGACAACGGGCUGUAA